AUCCUUUGCUAAUUGAAAGCACCCCUCACUCGUUUUCGUUCCUCAAGGCUGUGUAUCGAAGACGAGCAUUCCUCAGUCUUCCGCCUCUGCAACCAUGGGCCGCUGGCAGCCCUACCUAUACAAUCAGCAGCGCAACUCCAUCUACGAUGUCCCCGAGGUUUUCAACCCGAAAGCUGUAACUAUGGCCAGUCGCGAGCCGCCUACUUCAAAGCCCAAGCAAGAGGGCCCGUUGGUCAACUUUAAUCGUCAUCCAGACUCGUACCUGAUACUCCCCUAUGGCAAGACCAAUGCGAAGCCGAUGAGCCCAAAGCACAAGGUUGCGAUCAAGGUUACUCGAUGGAUCCAGCUCUUCUUACGGACAAUCAAUCUGUGCGGUGCCAUCGGGAUGCUUCUCUGUGGCAUCUUCAUAAGAGGUGCUCAAGAUACGGAAGGAUACAUAAUGAGGAUUCCCCCUGGUAUCGACAUUAUAAACUGUUUGUAUGCCAUAUAUCACCUCCUUAGGGCCGCGAAAGGACGCCCGCCAGGGAGUUCAGCGAGCUAUCACUUCUUCGCCCUGGUCAUGGAUGCCGGGCUCAUCCCAUUCUACGUGUUCACUGCGAUGCUCGCUAUCCGUAACUACAACGAGGAAGCAGGGACAAAUGGCCGUUGGCGAACAUUUUUCCCAACCGAUGAAGAGACUAAUAAAGUACUCCAUGCUGCGUGGCUCACUGCAACAGCACUUGGAGGUCUGCAUUGCGCGUCCUUGUUCUUGGACCUGUACCUUGUCUUGGUCUUCCGUAAAAUUGCUCGCCUCCCACCAGACAUGAAUCCUCUAGAGGAGAACUUGACAUCUCGGCGUAAGAGGAAGCAUAAGCACAAGAAUUCUUCCAUUUCGGCUAUAACUCCUCUCACUGAAGAUGACAAACGAUUCAGUGCUAUGAGCGCGGGCACAACGGUGGUUGGAAGCAGGCAUUCUCAGGCAGACCCGCUUAUGGGUGAGAAAGACUUACCGCCUCCAGAUGUUAGCAAGGUGCCGUUCAUGCACACGCGCACCAACUCAGAUGUCGCCUACUCGCCACAUACGCCCAGCUCAGCGCUUCAAUCCCGCCAUUCUUUGUACUCUCAGCCGGCGUCGGCUCAUCAGUCCCGUGCAGACCUUCAUCGUCGGCAAGACCUCUAUCGUAAGGAUGACUCGGAUGACAACGAAACCCUGGCUCAACGUAAAUCAUUCCUGGCGCAGCAGGCUAUCAAGAGAAGUUCAAGACCAAACUCAAUGGUAUCCUCGAAGCAGGAGUUCUACACGCCUCCGACAACCGCUGACAAAAAUGGUGAUUCUGACGACAUUUCCCUCCAGGAUAACCGCGAGAGCCUGCAGACCGACAAUUGGUUCGUCCAUGGAAGAUCCGUUGAUGAGCCGGAACAAGACCAUUGCAAUCCCGGAAAGAGGACAAUGUUUCCUUCAAAAACCCAAACUCAGGGUUACAAUGCGGUUCCAAUGGAAUACGACGUAUCAGACGAAGAAUUUGAGCCUCCGAUGAUGCCUCAGCCUCUUCGCAUGAAUCCGCCCACCCCGCCUCCGACUAAGACCUUCACCUCUGAAGCCAGGAGCACGCCUCAACCUGCUUCGCUUCAGAGGACCCAUACGACAACGUCGAUUUCUAGCGAGGCAACCUUCUCACGCUCUCCAACGCGCGCCUCCACGCCCAAGACGCGCUAUUAUGGAGAUCUCAAGGCCGCUACCCAGGGAAUCCGAAGUGGUGGGUACUCUCCAGCCAACUCGCCAAGUGCAUCACCCACGAAGAGCUCCUUCACUCCAAACAACCUUCCCAGUGCGGUGAAGAAGUACACUACCAACUCACCGAGCACAGCGAAGAACUACGCUUCAAACUCGCCCCUUAGCUUGGACAAGAAGAACUACGCUAGCAUUCGAAGAACAGGCGAAACGAGCUACACGCCUGUGAAAAAUCAAUCGCCGCGUGUUGUGAGCAGGUCUGGUGUGGACUACGAAGGGGACUAUUCAUUCGACGGGGAUACAUCAGACCUGGGAAUCCCAGGACGCAGACGCGAUGUCAGUGGGAAGGUUGCAGAGGAAGGGCGUGGUGGAGUUGCGAAUCUAGCUAGUCGAUGGGGAGGCAUGAGAGGAAGUGGAUUGACGUAUCGGAAGGUCAGCGGUGUGGCGUAAAAUGGUCGUGAUUGUACUUUAGGUUUGAUAUGGUGUUAUAUGGGCAUUGAUUUUUGGUGGAGUUAUGAACUAGGUGUUGGAAUAGGAAUUCUGGGCUCAAGAAGCCGAACCUCAAGUGUGUAAUUCGAUUAGGAUUGGGAGAAUCCAG